AUGGAGCAGUGCAUGGAGAAGCAUGUAGAAGAGCUCAAAUCAGCAAUUAAACUUGUUCAAGGCUCUCUAACUCCAGCACUCAGACAAAAGAUCAUGUGCAUAAUCACAAUUGAUACGCACGGACGAGACAUCAUCCAGCGCCUUCUGGACGAACGCGCUAAUUCUGUUGACUGCUUCCAGUGGCAGUCACAGCUGAAGUACUUCUGGGAUACAGAAACAGAAGAGGCUUCCAUUCGAAUUACAGAUGCAUCAUUUGCCUACGGUUAUGAGUACCUCGGCAAUGGGCCGCGCCUUGUAGUCACUCCGUUGACUGAUAGAAUUUACGUGACUGCAACCCAGGCUCUGCAUCUCUGUAUGGGAUGCGCACCAGCUGGUCCAGCAGGAACUGGUAAAACGGAGACAACCAAGGACCUUGCUUCAGCUCUUGGCAAGGCAUGCUACGUUUUCAACUGCUCCGACCAAAUGGACUACCAAUCCAUGGCAAAUAUUUUCAAGGGGCUCGCUGCUUCUGGUUCCUGGGGCUGUUUUGACGAGUUCAACCGUCUGGUUCCUGCAGUUCUUAGUGUGUGCUCAGUUCAGUUUAAGUCGGUAGUUGAUGCUAUUAAGGCAAAUGCAGAGAAAUUUUUUAUCCAGGGAGAUGAAACGUCUCUGGACCGCACGUGCGGAGUUUUUAUUACUAUGAAUCCCGGGUACUUGGGGCGUUCUGAACUUCCUGAAGGGCUGAAAGCCUUGUUCAGGCCAAUAACAGUGGUCGUCCCCGAUUUGGAGUUGAUUUGCGAGAACAUGCUUAUGGCUGAAGGCUUCGUAGAGGCAAAGGAAUUAGCCCGGAAAUUUACUCGGCUGUAUGCCUUGUGCAAAGACCUGCUAUCACGGGCUGCGCACUAUGACUGGGGGCUGCGAGCGAUCAAAUCUGUACUGGUGGUAGCUGGGACUUUCAAAAGAGAAUGGCCAGAACUAUCUGAGCAAGCAAUCCUCAUGAAAGCACUGAGGGAUUCUAACCUGGCCAAAAUUGUAGCGGACGACGCCAAAAUUUUCCAGGGACUUUUGAGUGACUUAUUCCCUGGGGUUGAACCGCCUCCGCAGACUGAUGCAGCUUUCUCUGAGGCGGUUCUAAAGGUCUGCAAUGAUAUGGGGCUGACCGUCAACGACGGUCUGGCGCUGAAAGCCCUACAAAUGAGGGACCUGCUGGCCAUUCGCAUGUGUGUUUUCGUCAUGGGGCGACCAGCGUCUGGGAAGAGCACAGUCUGGAAGGUGCUUGCAAAGACUCAAGAUGCUCUUGGAAGCAAAACUACAAUUGUCGACAUCAACCCCAAGUCUGUGAACACGGAUGAACUCUACGGGUAUGUGAAAAUGUCAACUCGGGAGUGGCAGGACGGCAUAUUGUCAAAGACAAUGCGCUCACUAGGACAAAUCCCUGAUACGCUGCCUAAAUGGAUUGUGUUGGAUGGAGAUUUGGAUGCCAACUGGAUCGAGUCCAUGAACUCUGUGAUGGACGACAAUCGAAUCCUCACCCUCGCUUCAAACGAACGUAUUCCUCUGAAGCCUCACAUGCGGAUGAUCUUUGAAAUACGAGACCUCAAUUUCGCCUCACCAGCCACUGUUUCCAGAGCAGGUAUAAUCUUUGUCAGUGACACAUCAGAACAAAAAUUCGCUUUUGAGUGUAGGGGAACAAUGGAGGAGCUACGUGCAAAGCUGGUUGCAGCGUCAGAGCUGCUUGAAGGGCUCUACCCAGAAGAGCCACAGGCGCCUGAGUUCGCUUUCGUCUUUUGCCUUGUCUGGGCUGCAGGAGGCAGUCUGCAGGAGAAGGAUGGAAUCGACUAUAGAAGACAGUUCAAUAACUGGUGGCGGUCAGAGUGGAAAGUUAUCAAAUUUCCCAGCAAAGGAUCAAUCUUCGAAUAUUUUGUUGACACUGCAAAAUUUGAAAGCUGGGAAUCACAGGUCCCCACGUUGCAGUUCACAGGAACGGAAGCCAUUGACAGCAUAUCAGUCCCAACGGCCGAAACAGUUUCCAUGCUCCACUUUUGCAAGACUAUACUGAAGAUGCACGCUCCAGUUAUGUGCAUUGGUUCUGCGGGGGUACACUUGGUCUAUUUUCUAGAUGACUUGAACAUGCCUCAGCUUGACCCCUACAACACCCAAAGCGCGAUUGCACUGCUGCGACAGCAUAUGGACUACCAGCAUUGGCUCGAUAGGAGCAAGAUGCAAAUGAAAGAUAUCAGCAACACGCAAAUUCUAGCCGCUAUGAAUCCUACAGCUGGGUCGUUUGUCGUGAACCCCCGCCUCAGUCGCCAUUUCUGGGUAUUAAAUGUCCCCAUGCCUGAAUUGACGUCCCUCUUCACAAUCUACGCUUCUAUAAUGAAUGGAUUUUUCGAUGUGGGAAACUAUCGGAAGGCUGUUAAAGAACAAGUCAUGCCAGUGAUCAAAGCAACCAUGGGCAUAUAUACAGAGGUAGUACAAGCAUUCCGGAAAACUGCCGUCAACUUCCACUACGAGUUCAAUAUGCGGCACCUGACAAAUGUCUUUCAAGGGAUUUUGUCCACGCCUCCUCAAAACAUGCAGGAUCCAGAAAAGCUGGUACUUCUUUGGCUCCACGAGUCCUACGAUAGGAUUGGUUCGAUGGAUGAACUUGCAACAAUCCUCCGAGGAGCUUUGAAUGAUUACAAUGAGCUGAAUCCCGCAAUGGACCUGGUGUUGUUCGACGACGCUAUGCAUCACGUCUGCAGAAUUUGUAGGGUCAUCAACAACCGAGCAGGCCAUGCGCUUGUUGUGGGCGUCGGAGGAUCGGGGAAACAGUCGUUGACGAGGCUAUCGUCAUUCAUUAGUGGCUUUGCGACUCACCAGCUGAGCAUUUCGUCCACGUAUGAUAUCCGGGACCUCAAAAAUGAUAUUAGAGCAAUGUACUCCAGGGCAGCCCUAAAAGAUGAGGGAGUAGUGUUUUUGCUGAGUGACGCGCAAAUUGCAAAUGAAAGGUUUUUGGUCUAUGUAAACGACUUACUUGCGUCCGGGGAUAUUGCUGAUUUAUACGAGGGAGACGACAAAGACCAAUUGAUGAACUCCAUUCGGCCCCUAGCGAAAGCUGCUGGGGUUUCGGAUACGCGAGAGGGCUGCUGGGGUUUCUUUAUUGACAAAAUCAGGCGAAACUUGCAUGCUGUUUUGUGCUUGUCCCCAGUCGGCGACGGGCUGAGGACUCGGGCUCGCAAGUUUCCAGCCCUUGUCAACUGCACUGUUAUAGAUUGGUUCCAGCCGUGGCCCUAUGAAGCGUUACACUCGGUGGCAAGCAAAUUUUGCGCGGAUCUGCCAAUCGGCGACGCAGACUCCACCCGCUCUUCAGUUGUGGAGUUUCUGCCUUACAUGUUUUAUGCCGUCAGCGAUGCGGCACAAACAUACCUAGAAGUUGACCGCAGAUUUGCCUAUGUGACUCCAAAAACGUUCAUAGAGGCCAUGAAGCUCUACCAGACCAUGCUACUGAAACGCAUAUCUUCUAUAGACGAGCACAGCGAGCGCCUGAGCAGCGGCUUGUCGAAGCUUCUAGAUACUCAGGAAAAGGUGUCGGCAUUAGAGGACGACUUAAGGGAGAAAACAGUUGCGGUCGAAGAGAAAAAGGCAGCUGCUGAGGAGUUCGCGCAGAAGGUUGGUGAAGAGAAGGCCAAGGUCACUGCCGAGUCUGAAAACGCCAAUGUUGAGGCUCUUAAGUGCGCAGAAAUACAGAAAUCCGUUUCUGAACAACGAGCAUCUUGUGAGGCCGAUUUGGAGAAAGCCAUCCCCCUAGUGGAGCAGGCAGAAGCUGCGCUGAACACACUCAACAAGAAGGAUUUCCAGGAAGCAAAAGCUCUCAAUAAGCCUCCGCCGGGAGUUGAAGACAUCACCGCUGCCGUUAUGCACUUGCUUGCAACAGUUGACCCAAUAAUUGAGGUAGACAAACAGGGAAAGCUGAAAGACAAGAGCUGGAAGGGCGCACAGAAGAUGAUGAACAAUCCAGAAAAGUUCUUGCAGACGCUCAAGGACUUCAAGAGUGUCAUUGAUGAUGGGCGUGUGCCCGAGCAGAACUUCAAAGCGGUGGAACCGUUGCUUGCUCUUCCUCAUUUCAAUCGCGAAGCUAUUCAGAAGAAGAGUACAGCUGCAGCAGGUCUUGCAGACUGGGUAGUCAACAUUUACCAAUACUACACGGUGGUUGUAUCCGUUGAGCCCAAAAGACGAGCAUUGGCAGAAGCCACUCAACAACUCGAGGAUGCAAACAAGAAGCUCGUCGAGGUGCAAAGGCUAGUUGCGGAGCUUGAGGAAAAGCUGGGUCAACUUGUUGCCGAAUUCGAUUCCGCCAUAGCCGAGAAAAAUGCGGUGGAAGCCGAGGCUCAGAAGUGCCAGACCAAAUUAGAUCUCGCACAGAGGCUCAUGCGCUCGUUGGGAUCAGAGGGAGCCCGCUGGGGGCAAACUAUUGAUGAUUUAAAAGAACAGCGACGCGUCUCUGUCGGCGACGUAUUACUAUCGUCAUCCUUCGUAGCAUAUGCUGGAGUGUUUAGCAAAAAGUAUCGGGAUUGGCUAAUGUACGAGAAGGCGGUACCAUUUUUAGUUGAUCGUGGCGUGCCCCUACGGCAGCCCGCAGAUGUCCUUGCCCAGCUUACAGAUGAAGCCGAGAUGGCUCUGUGGAAUAACCAGGGGCUGCCAUCUGAUGCAACGUCCAUAGAAAAUGGUGCAAUAGCAUCUUCGACGGAGCGUUGGCCCCUCAUGAUCGAUCCGCACGAGAGUGUUCCUGAGGAGUCCUACAUAUGCAAGAAGAUUAACAGCACAGUAAAGGUAGUUCCCACAAUGACUGUGCCAGCGUAUGAAGUGCAACUGCAGGUGCUACGCCUUAGUACUCCUCGAAUGGUAGCUUUGAUAGAGAUGGCAAUUCAGCAAGGCACAAGCGUGCUGAUUGAAAAUUUGGAAACCUCCGUCGACCCCGUUCUGGCUCCUGUUGUAGGACGCCAAACCAUCCGUAGAGGGAGGUCGCAAUACCUCAAACUGGGGGAUAAAGAGGUUUCUUACAAUGCCAACUUCAGGCUCAUUCUGCAGACGAGGCUAUCUAACCCACACUAUCCCCCAGAACUUCAGGCUGAAUGCACGCUUAUAAAUUUUACAGUUACUGAGAAGGGUCUGGAGGACCAGCUACUUGACUUGACAAUGCAGAAAGAACAGCCGAAGCUCUUCCAAAGAAGGAUUCACCUUGUGCAGCAGCAAAAUGAGUUUACUAUUCUCCUUGCCGAGCUCGAAAACACCCUGCUGAGGGACAUAUCAUCUGCGGAAGGAGACGUUUUGGAGAACAUUGAGCUUAUUCAAAACCUAGAAAAAACGAAGAGGGUCACCACGGAAGUUUCUGAGAAAGUUGCCCUUGCAAAAAUUACUGAGGAGAAACUCAAUGCGAUAUCCGAAAUGUAUAGGCCUGUAGCGCGCCGAGGAGCGAGGCUAUUUUUUAUGUUAGCUCAGCUUUUCAAAAUCCACAGUUUUUACUUGUUUUCCAUGGAGUCGUUCGUGGCAGUGAUAAACCGGGCAAUCGACUCCAUUUCAGAGAAACCCCAAACAGGUGAAGAAGAGGACGCAUACCCCGCCACACAGGACGGAGUUGCAACCCCAGAGGAAGGGCUACACGAUGAUAAACUCAGCGCUAACAACUCUGCGGCAGAAGAAGCCGGUGAACCUGCAGUCACAAAGGAUUCAACAGAGGAGAACAAUAACGAAACUACUGCUGGUGAAGCAGAAGGUGAAGAUGGGAAGUCCGGUGAGGAGUCAAACGCACCAGCCAUCGGCGAUUCACAAGGUGGCGGAAACGAUGGGCCAAAGGGCGAGCUAGGGUCUACAGAUCAACAACCGGAACCUUCCGUUCGAAACACUGCUGACGAAUCUGUAAAAAAUGAAUGCCCAGAGGAGGAAGACGAGAAGGAUGUUAUCCCUGACGCGUCUCGCGUUGCACUGCUCAAGGACGUCAUAACGAAGUUUACCUUUGUAUCGUGCAACAGGGGCUUGUUUGACAGGCAUAAGCUGACGGAGGAGCAAAACACCGUCACAGAGGAGGAGGUUCGUCUACUUUCUCAGGUUCGCCCAGACCCAACUGCGCCCCCCAUGCCUGAGGCUGCUCGUGGAUGGCUCUCCGAGGCAAAAUGGGCCUGCUGUCGGUCAUUAGAACAGCUGAAGUCAUUCAAAAACAAUCAAAUAUCCUUGUUACAAAACUUCGAUCAAGACUCUCUCGGAUGGGCAAGAUGGAUGGCUGAGGAUACUCCAGAAGGAGCCGAUCUACCACGGAUGUUCAAAGGAAUUAGCGAAUUCGAAAAGCUCCUUCUUCUACGAUACCUUAGGCCAGAUCGAAUGAUUUCGGCACUUCAGCAAUUUGUGGCUGGGCAGCUGGGGCACUUUUUUGUAGAGCCUCCCGCCAUUGACUUGCAAGAAAUCGAAAAAGAAGCCGAUAGAUUCACUCCGUUGUUCAUUGUCCUGUUCCCGGGUGUUGACCCCACACCCGUGCUAGAAAUAACCGCAAGAUCCAAAGGAUGCACAGCUGACAAUGGUAAAUUCGUUAAUAUCUCCAUGGGUCAGGGCCAAGAAGAACGCGCAAUCGCUGCUGUUCAGGAAGCAGCACAGCUGGGUGGCUGGGUUGUCCUGCAAAACGUACACCUUAUGCAGGAGUGGCUCAAGAGGACGCUAGAAGAGGUUAGCGUGACUGCUCAUCGCGAUUUUCGGUGCGUUGUAACUUCUGAGCCCCCACCUCUCCGAGACAUGCAAAUAAUCCCCGAGGCCUUGCUUCAAAAGAGCAUCAAGAUAGCAGAUGAAGCUCCCCAAGACCUUAAAGCCAAUCUGCGGAGGGCCCUCUCCUGCUUCUCGCAGGAGGUGGUGGACUCCUGCUCGCGUCCCCGAGAAUUUAAGGCCCUUCUGUUUUCCUUGUGUUACUUCCACGCACUCAUCAUUGGCCGCAAAAAGUUUGGUUUCCUGGGUUGGAGUCGAUCAUACUCAUUUAACGAAGGCGACUUGACCAUAUGCGGCAACGUUAUAAAGAAUUACUUGGAUAAGUACGCUACAAUUCCCUUUGAAGAUAUUCGAUACAUCUUGGGAGAGAUUAUGUACGGAGGUCACAUUACAGAUGGGUUUGACCGGCGCUUGAACAACACCUACCUGGCGAAUUUGAUCCUGCCCGAGGUGCUCCAAAGCUAUCAGCUCGGGCCUUCUUUCCGAACGCCCGAUCCAGCCAAGACUGAAUUCGCUGCAUACCAGAAGUUUGUCGAGGAGAAGACGCCGCCGGAGAAUCCUCAGGAGGUCUCAGGCGUUGCUGGAGGUGGGAGUUCCGCAGGGCGAAAGGAGGACACAGUGCUGACCAUGGUAGAUACUUUGUUGGGGAAAGUGCCCGUUCCAUUUGAUGUAGCUGCCAUUCGUGCAAAGGUUAAGGAGUUCCACCCUGCAACCGUUGUCUGUCUACAAGGUGCAUUAAACGUGACGGACGCUAUGGAACAACUUGAAGCCUCCCUCAACAUGGGUAGGGUCCCUGAAGCUUGGAAGCCGUACGCGUACGAAUCGCGCAAACAGCUGGGACCUUGGGUAAACGACCUACUGCAUCGUGUGAAGCAGUUGGAGGAGUGGAGCACAGACUUCACACUUCCCUGUCCAUUGUGGAUUUCCGGGCUCUUCAACCCCAUGUCCUUCUUGACGGCUGUUAUGCAGGUGCGUGCCAGAGCGGAGUCGCUCGCUCUAGACCGCAUGUGCUUGCGGUGGACAGUGACAAACAUACGAUAUGGAGCUGCAGCAACAGGUGUGCAAGGAAGCGCAACCCAGCAGCAGCCUCUGUCUACUCCUGAAACGGGCGUGCUCAUUCAUGGGCUCUUCCUAGAAGGUGCAGCUUGGGAAGAGGGCAAGGGAGACGUUGAAGGCAAUCUGACAAAUGCGCAGCCAAAAGUCCUCCAAUACCCGAUGCCGGUCUUCCUAGUGGAAGCCAUACCGACUGCCGAAGUUGACAACACUGCAAUGUACAGCUGCCCCGUUUACCUCACAUCUGCAAGAGGCCCCACAUACGUAACCACGGCAAAUCUGAGAAUGAGCGCCGACGACUCGGAGCGUCGUUGGAUACUUGCCGGAGUGGCGCUGACAAUGGCGACUGACGCAUAA